AUGGUUGGCAAACGACAAAGCAAAUACCUUGAAUUGGUGAAAAGCGAAUUUUUGACGUAUUUUGAACAAAGUGGACAUAUUGUGGAUGAUAAAAUUGAAGAAUUUGUGAAAAAAAUACUCCCGACUUUCAAUCAAGAUAAACCAAAGUCAUCGAUGGUAUUUCGCAGCAGCCUUAAGACAGAAUUCAUUUACAACGGUUCUUGCAUCAAAGCAAUUGCUGAAAUGAACAAAGAAGAGCCAAUCGGAACUAAGACGUCAAGUGAAGAUGAUGGCAAGUCUGGAUCUCAAAACAGUUUUGAUCCGACAAAUGGGCAAUCGAAUGAGCAAUCGAAUGGGCAAUCGUCAACAAUUCCACCUGAUUUAAGUGAAGUUUUUGAAUCAUCUUCUCAAGAAUAUAUGCAUGAUGUUUUUAAUGAGGGGCAAACGGAAAUUUCGUCAUAUUCUGACAUGCAGAAGAUGCAGAAGAUGCUGACAUUCUGA